GGAACACUCGGAUUGCUCCGGGGAUCGUGGUGACUCGUGGGUGGCAGAGCUGCUCUGCUGAUUCACUGCCAGCAUGGUGAUCAAAGUCUUUGUGGCCACAUCUUCGGGGUCUACAGCGAUAAAAAAGAAACAACAAGAAGUUGUGGGCUUUUUAGAGGCCAACAAGAUCGACUUUCAACAAAUGGACAUAGCAGGAGAUGAGGACAAUAGGAAAUGGAUGAGAGAGAAUGUCCCAGGUGAAAAAAAGCCUCAGAAUGGAAUUCCCCUGCCUCCACAGAUCUUCAAUGAGGAGCGGUACUGUGGGGAUUUUGAAUCCUUUUUCUCUGCUAAGGAAGAAAAUAUUAUUUAUUCGUUCCUGGGCCUUGCACCUCCUCCAGGCACAAAGGAGACUGAAAAGUCUGAUACCACAGAGGAGAAAUCAGAAGCCACAGAAGAUAAAUCUGAUUCCAAGGAUGAAAAAUCUGAUGGCACGAGUGAAACUGAGGCACACACAGAAGAUAAAGAAGGUGAGGGGGAUCCUGAAGAGGCCCAGUCUGACCAGACACCACCAGAAGGUCAACAGGAAGGCGAGGAAGAACAUGCAGCAACAGGGGUAUACAAGAAAAAGAGAAUAAAGAGAGAAAAAAAAAGGAAGAAGAAGAAAAGCAGGGAGAGGGAGAAGAAAAGGAAGAGGUGGAGGAGCAGGAAGAGUCUUAGUACAGUUCCCUAUGACACAAUAUUUCUUGAACAGGUUUUCAGGAAGCACCAGCUGGAGCCACCCCACCAAAGAAAAGAAAAUCCCUUUCUCAAGCAAAGCAUCACUACCUUUUGUGCCUGUAUGAACAUAAAAACAUAAACAGAACACAGACACCCCUCUGUCCCACCUGUAGCCUUUAUAUAUAUAUUUGGUAUUCCAGUUAAAAUGGAUCUCAUGUCUGACAGAUGGUAUUUCAGUCAAUUGUUCUGUGUUGGGAUAGUUUUGUCCGUGUCACAUUUAGCCUGUGAGCUCCCCAGGGCAGGAACCAUGUCUCUCUCCAUGUCCAAACACGUUGCUGCCCCUCAGCAGCCGACUGCACUCACACCAGUGAUGUCUGCAGAGGAAAAGAAAUUCAGCACUGAAAACUGCAAAGAGACUUCCUGUACACAAGCCAUGUGAGUCACUUCUCCCUCAGCUGGCAUUUGAAAACGAUUGAGAUCCCAUUGUGCAGCAGUUUAAAUAAAUUUAUUUUCUGUC